AAUGUUUAUAAAUUCUUGAAUUUCUGGCGGAAACCGUUAAAGUUUCACUAUAAAAGUUAGACAAAGGGGUUUAAAACACCUUGCAUGCUGAGAUGGCUACAUUGCCAGCUUCUAGUUCUUUUAUGGAAAUGAUGAACGAAAUAGUUUCAAAUGACCAGAAACAGCAAUCAGAUGGCUUUGUAAACGUUGCACCAAUUGCAUUCUGGACACAAAUAUUUGCCAAGUACUUCCUCCAUGCAAACAACCCACAUCAUGAUGAUCUGCUAUUCUAUGUUAAAAAGACGGAAUCUUUGGAAUCUCAGAAUGAAGUUGUGGUGUAUAGGAGAGAAUCAAUGAAUGCCCCGGGUCUGGGUGACCCAGCUUAUGAUUGGACAGAGACUGUUUAUCUAAACAUGAUCAUACAACAGAUGGAAUACACUCUCACAUGCGCUAUAUGCACAAAGGCAGAGACUGGGAACCCUAAAGGAGAUGUGACAGUACAUAAAAAAGUUUCACAGCAUGUCUAUGCUUCACCAAGCAGACAUAAUAUGGAGAACAAAGAAGGAGGAACCGAAAUGUCGUAUCCCAAUAUAUUCUUCACUAUUGAUAGUUUCGAUGAGGUUUGGAGUGACUUGAUUUUACAUGAAGGGGAAAUAGUUUGUGUAGAAGUUAUUGCAAGCGAUAAAUCGAAAAAACUCAGCAGCGUUAUAUUUCUUGGCUCGGUCAAAUAUGAUUCCUUGGUCAAGGUGUAUGAGAGAAGGACAAAGGCUCCAAACAAGUUCACACAGUUCAUGACACUUGGUUUAUAUAAAACAAGUGACAGCGUUGAGUUUGUGAGAAUGAAAGGCCCUGGUGGGAAAGGUUAUGCGGAGAUGGCUAUACAAAAAUCAAACUCAGAUACUGCACAUUAUAAAUCAACUGAGUGUGCAAGUGAUGAAAGCAAAGCAUCCAGCAGUACAACAACAUCAGCUUCAUGCUCAUUACAUUCAUCAAAAUCUGAAUCAUCCAUCAAUGAGCCUUCAGGUGGAAACAAAGAUUUUCCUACAGCUGUUUACUCCAAGUCAGAGCAGAGAGAAAAUGUAUCUCUUCCAUCAUCCCCUCAAAGAAAACGAGCUUCAAUUCCAACAACAACCACGGCGCUAAAGACUCAUUUAACUUAUGUCACUCUACCAUGGCACAAGAUAAUACUGGAUAUUUUGCAAACUUAUGAAAAACCAGGUAUAUCGAAACGACCAGCACUUACCAAAGGAGAAGGUGCCAGUAGCUGAUCUUAUUUUGCUAACUAUCCUAUUAUUAUGUUUUUUCAUCUUUUCUAUUUGUGCAAAAAAUACAAGCUGAAAAUGCUUGCUGAAACUGGCAGUCUUGACACAGCUGUUUAGGUUUGAUUGUGCUUAUAGGUUCACAAUGCAUUAAUGUAAGCAACCCAAUGCCUCCUAUUAAUCGUCAUCUUCCAAAUUGAAGUCGAGUCCUAAAUUAAGGCCUGGUGAUUCUGGUACCUAUUUCUAGUACAAGAUGUUUAGAAAGUCACUGUACUUACAUAUUUAAUAAACUGUCAUGUUUCAGUAUAGAAUUCUAAUCUUAAAUAUGAAUGACAAUUAUAAAUGAUGUUAAAAGUGACCCCAUUAGCAUCAGUACAGGAUUGGACCCUUCUUAUUACAAAUUAUCACAGCAGUGCACAGUGACUUUCCGAACACCCUGUAUGAUAACUUGCUGUGUAAUUGAACCCAUCAAAUAGUCUAAACUUUGUUUAAUCAUGGAUAUUAACCCAAAUAUCUGAUAUUAACUGAUAUCCAACCCAGAAAUUCAGCUACCACUGUUACCAUAGGCGGAUUCUAUUCCUUUUAGUCUAAAAUCGAAUUACUUUCGUUUAUGGCAAAAAUGCAACAUUUUGAUUCGCCUAUUCCGAAAUAAGCCAAAAUGUAGCUAUGUGUGUAUUGUGUAUGAUUCCCAUUCAGAUGUAAAACCAUCUUUUGUAUUUGUGCCUUUCCUAUUAUUGUGCAGUCACUGCUUGAUACUGUGCAUUUAAUGCAGUGUUAAUUGUCUUCAAUUAAAGUGAUUUUCUAUCCUC